AUCUUUAAAUUUUGUAAAGGCCAAUAGCGAAACCCCCGUAUAUUCCUAAAAUUCACAUUUCCCUCCUCAAACUCCGAAACCUUCCUCUUCUUCUUCUUCUUCUUCUUCUUCUUAACCACACCUACACAAAGCACAGAAAACCCAAUAAUUUCUCACAAGAUGCUCAAAGCCGUAGGUCUCUUCGGCCGGAAGAAAAGCGGCAGCAGCGGCGGCAACCGCCAUUUCAAAGACUUCUACGCCGACUGGUUCAACACACUCAAUACCACGCUCCUCCCUUCGCUUCAGAACUCGAUGUCCGAGUCCGACUCGUCCCUGACUCACCUCUCCACUCAGGUCGAAACCCUCCAUCGCCACUUCCAAUCCUACUACGACGCCCUCGACCUCGCCGCCGCAAACGACGUCGCUCAGCUCCUUGACCCCGACUGGCGAAACCCUCUCGAGAAGCCCUUCCUCUUCCUCGGCGACCUCCACCCCUACCUCUUCACCAACCUCGUCCGCUCUUUCCUCAACCAAAACGACUCCGACGACGAUGAAGACUACGACAACGACAGCCUAACCGUUCAAUUCGCCGACGCCCAAGACAGAGACAGGGACCAACUCGAAGUCCUCUUCGACCGCCCUUGGCACAUCGCGACGGCGUGGAGGAGUCAGUCGUACGAUCUGAUGGGCAAGCUCGAGCAGGUCGAGCGCGGGCUGAGGCUGAUGGUGCCGGCGCUGGUGGCGCGCGCGAGGGACGCUCAGGCCGCGUUCUUGGAGCACGUGGGGAGGAAUUGGGAUUAUGGUAGCGGUCUGCAGAAGCCGGCGGUGGCGGAAGCUAUGGCGGAGCAGAAUGAGGAGAUGGUGGGGGUUUUUGUGGAUGCGAAUCGGCUGAGAAGGAGUGUUCUUGUGGAGAUCCUUGGCACCACCAGCGUGUUCCAGGCGGCUCUGUUUCUUGAAGGGUUGGCCCAAUUUCUUGUUGGGUUCAGAGACCCUGAGUUACUUGCUCAGUUUGAUCUCUGCAAAACGCCUCUCGGGAAGCAGAAUCGCUUGGCGAUUUGAUAUGGAUUCAUCUUUUUCAAGGUUAUGAUCAUCUUAAAUUUGUUAAUUUGGCAAUGAAGUUGACAUUUCAGAUUAAUUUCAUGCUUACUGUGUGCUGGUACGAACUUAAUUUGCAAUUUUUCAAGGGGAUGCUAUCCACACAUCUCAUUUUGUUUCUCAUACAACCCUUAAUAAUUUUUGUCCGUUGAUCUUCUUCAAUUCAUCCGAUCCGACGGUUAAAAAUUAAAAAGAUGCGUGAGAAGUAAAAUGGAAUGUGUGGAUAUUACACCCCUUUUUCAAAGGGGAGUAGAGAAAUUUUUCAUGUAAAGUUGUUAAGUUUGGCAUUGAAGAUGUAAAGUUUGCAAUGUUUGCUCUUUUGCAUUUGUUAAGGUACAAUUUUUCAAGUGAUCUGAUUUGGCAUUGAAGAUGUAAAGAUAGAAGCUUGGUGAAUCAAUGUUGUUGUUGUCUUU